UGGCAGCUUGCAGGGGGCCAAAAAACUAAAUAACGUAACACGAGUAUUAUUUUCAUUUUUAAUUAAAAGCUGUAUAUUUACUUAAGUUUCAUAAAUACCCUCGUCAGUGCGGAAAAAGAACAGCCCCCCAGCCAUAAAAAUAUCCCCCGCGAAAUGAGGUUAAAAAUGGAAGAGAAAACCGAGGAGGAAGAACCCUAUCAACUCCAGAGCUGUCGUACUCAAUCAGAGAAUUGCACUGCAUACUAAGUCUUGGGGUCAUAACCACUUGAAGAUCCGGUCUUCUUCAACCUGUGCUCCUCGUACAACCUCCCAACUCACUCGCAAGAUAUUGAGCUGCUCUGAGUUGCUCAUUGGAGAAGAAUCCGAGGAAAAAGUCCACCCCAGUCGUUGAAGAAAUGGGUGGUGGCAAUGGCAAGCGAAGGUGGAGAAUUUCCUUCCAUCGUUCUUCUUCUUCUUCUCCCUCCUCUGAUUCCAAGCUUCAACCAAAGCAUCCCCCAAAGGAGUUUCUAUGUCCAAUUUCUGGGACUUUCAUGUCCGACCCCGUUGUUGUUGCUUCGGGUCAUACAUUCGAACGCGUUGCCGUUCAGGUUUGCAGGGAUUUGAACUUCUCCCCCAGCCUCGAAGAUGGGUCUCGACCCGAUUUCUCCACAGUUAUUCCCAAUUUGGCCAUCAGAAGUACCAUCUCCAAUUGGUGCAAAAGCUCCGGUGUGGAACUCCCUUGCGCGCCUGAAUAUAGCUCGGUCGAGGGGGCUGUACGCUUAUCAAUGGCGUCCCAGCAGGACUCGCCAGAUUUAAGGGUUUCAGAGAGGGAAUUGCUGAAGGCGGUGGCGGACAACCCGCCGGUGAUUUUCUCCCACGCCGCCACCGAGUUGGGUCCUCGAGUUAACCACUUCGAUUCGUGCUCGUCUGAGGAAUCCGUAAUCAUCGUGCCCAGUCCCGGCACGCCUCUGCAUCUAACCACUCGUCCAACCUGUUACUCUUCAUCGUCGUCUUCUUCCGCGACCGUGGAAUCGGAGUUUCAAAACCCUAAUGGCCCAAUUUCCGAAGAAGAGGGCAAAUUAGUCUCGAAGAUGAAAAGUAGUGAGAUUUUCGAGCAAGAAGACGCCGUAAUAUCACUAAGAAGCAUCACGAGGAACCGAGAGGACACCCGAAUUUCGCUCUGCACUCCCCGAUUGCUUGACGCCCUACGAUCUUUGAUAGCCUCCAGGUACUCCGUUGUUCAAGUAAACGCCGUCGCUUCGGUGGUCAAUCUCUCCCUCGAGAAAUCCAAUAAGGUGAAGAUCGUUCGGCGGGGAUUCGUCCCCUAUCUCAUUGACGUCUUGAAGGGGGGAUCCGAUGAAUCGCAGGAACACGCAGCGGGCGCCCUCUUCAGCUUAGCUUUAGACGACGACAACAAAAUGGCCAUCGGAGUUCUCGGCGCGUUUCAGCCACUCAUGCACGCGCUAAGAUCCGAGUCGGAGCGUACCCGAAACGACUCGGCGCUCGCGUUGUACCAUCUGACGUUAGUACAAAGCAAUCGGUUCAAGCUCGUGAGACUCGGGGCAAUUCCGACCCUACUGGCGAUGUUGAGAUCAGGUAAAUUGACGAGCCGAGUAUUGCUAAUUCUUUGUAACCUUGCUGUGUGUACGGAGGGACAAUCGGCGAUGCUGGACGGUAAUGCAGUGGAUUGCUUAGUGAGUUUACUAAAGGGGAAAGAGUUGGACUCGGAGUCAACUCGUGAGAACUGUGUUGCUGCGUUGUAUGCGCUCAGCCACGGAAGCUUGAGGUUCAGAGCAGUGGCGAAGGAGGGAAGGGUCAUGGAGGUGUUGAAAGAGAUUGAAGAGAGAGGUACAGAGAGAGCCAGAGAGAAAGCGAGGAAGAUAGUGCAGACGAUACGGGCGGGAGGAGAAGACGGGGAAGAUGGAAACGGGUCGAAUUUUGAAUUGGACUCGGGCGGGCGAAACCGGAAUCGGUUCCGAGGGAGGAAUGACAACAUUGCGAACUCGAAUGUAUUUUAGACUUGAUGGUUGUGUUGGGUAUAUUUCUGUUUGGUAAAUAGUUGCAUUUAUUGGUUGGUUUAAAGCAGUGGGAAGUUGUAAGUAAUUAUUGGUGAAAUGUAGAAGACACGUUGACAGGCAACACCAAAAAUUGGUCAUUUUUUGAAUGUGUUCUUUUAAUGAUGGGAUUCAUUCUU